GUACGACACAUAGAAGUGAUUCCAAUCCCUUCUCGAAAAAUUUUGCGAUCGGAUGCUGAUGUUUUUGAUCGCCUCAUCCGCUGUUUCGUCAAUGAUGUUAUUGGGGAUCUCUUCAUAGACACCUUUAAGCUUGAGCAUGACGUAUAUGAGAUAACGAAGAUAUUGGGUACUCGAACAGUUGAAGUAAAAGUCGGGUGGGUGUUUUUAUUAUUUGCUCUGGUAAAUUCAGUUGCCUUUGCGGAUUCGGUUGCAUCUGCACCUGCACCUGAAUACGUGGUUUGA